UUAAUUCUUAAUUUUAAUAUUUUUCAUGAAUAUAGAUGAAAAUUACCGGGCAUGUUACUUCCAUCGCUUUCAUCAUGUCAUUUGGAUUCUCAGUCGGCGACAUCCUGGCAGGCGCGGAACUGGCAUAUAAGCUUUGUAAAUCUCUAUCGGACACUAAGGGGGCUUCGAGUGAUUAUCAAGAGCUCAUUGCACAUCUUAAUAUAGUUCAUAAGGUUCUAAUCGAAGUCGACAAACUUCAAGGGGCAAAUCAGUUUGCACAGGCAACUAUUAAUGCCAUCCUUUUCACGGUUAAUUCCACAAAUGAGGCGAUCGAGACAUUUCUUACUCAAUAUGAGACUUAUGAAGAGAGUCUACGGCAGGGCGGUUCGGGUAACAUUUUUAAAGAUGUCUAUAAGAAGGGGAAAUGGGCUACUCAGAUGCCUGAUAAGGUUCGAGAUCUGAAGGGAACACUGUCCACUCUACUAGCAGCUAUUAAUUGCCUCGUAUCUAUGGCCUGUUACUAUAAUGCUGGUUAUGAUGCUACUCGUAUGGCAAUGUUAGAUCCAGAUUGGCGCCCCCAUGGUACAAACUGGGGGAAAGACAUUGAACUUACGGCUAGAAUAUGUGUUGACUCUUACAACCCAACCAAGUGUCCCGGCUUUGAUGAACAGGAUGCUCCAGAAUCCUUUUUCCGGCCUGGUCAGAUUUUUUCAGCCCAGAUCACCUCUUCUUUGCAGGAAAGGAAUGAUCGGGGGAGAUACGAAAGCUUCAACCCUAGAAAACCUCCCAGACCGGAAAAUAUGGAGGAUGCAGUCAAGAAACUUGCCCAAAUUCGAAAUCUCCCCUUAGAGAGAAUGGUUCAAUACUGUGACGAUAUACCGCACGAUUCUAGUCAAGUUAUCUGUUUGCUUUGUAGAAUCAAACUUCGGGCGCAAGAUGCCCGGCAAGAUGCCACACCAUGUCCUAAAGACUAUUGGGCUGGCAACCAUUUUCGCAUCAUUCAUUGGGAAUAUUAUUUCUCAAUGCGACCAUUGGAUGCUUCUAAAUAUUUAAUGUCGGACCUGAAAGGAUUGAUACUCCCUGAGAAUCGUACGAGGCCUAUUCUAGGAUCAACCUUCUCGAAAGAGACAUGGAUAGAUUUGACCCAUAUAUCAGAUGUCACACCAAUCGAGACAGAAUUCGCGGUCACCAAUAAGAUUAAUUGUACAUCCGUAAGUUGGCACUAUCUGACAGGCCCAGUCCUUAUUCGGCGGUUUGUAGUUGUCCGUCAAGGAGUGGGCAAAUGUCUCUGUCUUGGAAUCCACACAUACUCUCGUAGGGGUUGUGGAGAUCAGUCAGAUCAAGAGCUGUUUGGAAUUCUUCAUUCGAGUGAAGAGUCACCUCCCCAUAUGACCAACGAAACAGGGAUGAUACUUGCCCCCAUACGGAUGAAAUCUGAUCACCCAUCGAAAGCACUUCCACGAACUGCAAGGAUACACUAUGGUCGUGUGUAUGAGAUCCCUCAUAAUCUACCAGUGGAGUCAAUUGGGUUAGUCCAUGAUGCUUCUAUGGAAGUACUACAUGACCAAUUCGAGGCAAACAUGCCUACGAGAAGAUAUAAGAGAGGCGGUACAACGCACAACCAGAUUCCUCACCAUCUACCAUCAGAGUUUAUUGAGCCAAUUCAAAGUAUCUCUACAGACAUACUUUGUGACCAAUUGGAAGAAAACAUUUCUACAAGAAGAGAUGAGAGAGACAGUACAACUCACAACCAAAUUCCUCAAUCACAAAUAGAGGCAGCAAACUUGGAUACGGCUAAGGCAAUCCGCGAGGACAUUGCUACUGUACUAGGCUCUAAGAUGUCUCCAGCUGAUUACCUGUCGCCUCGUAGAAAGUAAAUCUUGUUCUAAAGGACUUUAACUCUUCACUUUACAUGUAAAUUUAAUAAAUUAUGUUAGCCAAUUUCAAUCAAUGUAUUUACGGCCCCCCGAAAUAAAAAGUCC